AUGAGGAUUGGAGAUGCGGUCGUGGGGCCAGUGCGAUACAUCAACGCCACGGGCGAGAGCUACUCAGACGAAGGGCUGCAGGAGAACAGGGUGACCGUGGGAGAGAGAGGCAGCACCGCCUUGGGCUUCGUGGACGACCCGAACUUCGACUCCGAGAAGCCGUACUUCGACUACGAGCAGUCUGCCAACAUCACUGCCCUGUUGGGCAAGACGGCCAUUCUCAACUGCCGCGUGAAGAAUAUCGGCAAUAAGACGGUCUCGUGGAUACGACACCGUGACAUCCAUCUCCUGACCGUGGGACGCUUCACCUACACUUCAGACCAACGAUUCUCCGCCAGCCACGCCCCUGGCUCCGAAGACUGGCUGCUGAAGAUCCACUAUCUUCAGGAACGCGACGCUGGGAAGUACGAGUGUCAGAUUUCGACCACUCCCCCCGUCAGUCACUUGGUUCAUCUGUCAGUCGUUGAACCAGAGACGGUGAUCGUUGGAGGACCAGACGUCUACAUCAACACUGGGAGUCGAUUGGCUCUCACCUGCAGCGUCAAGUACAGCCCGGAGCCGCCUGCAUUUAUAUUCUGGUUCCACGAUGGAAAGCUGGUCAGCUACGACAGGACCCGUAGCGGAGUCGUAGUAUCUACGGAGAAGGGAGUGGUUACCACAUCCAGGCUCCUGGUUCAGUUUGCUGAGCCACGCCACACAGGUGUCUACACCUGCUCGCCCGCUAAUUCGAAACCGAAAAACGUCAACGUACAUGUGUUGGCUGGUGACAAGCCAGCAGCCAUCGUGCACGAGAAUAACAGCGCUGAGGUGACGGUCGCAUCCCCACACCUGUACAGCUACGUCUUCAGUACAGGUCUGGUCCUGCUGCACCGUAUCGCUUUGUAAAUAAGCUUAACACUCCCUAGCUGCUACUGCUGCUAACCUGCUGCUACUCUGGCGUGUUCACUUGAAGAUAUAACAGAGGAACAAGAAGAAAACUCGUCAAGUUUUAGAUUUUUUCCCACAGAAAAGUUUCUGUCAAUCUUCUGGUGAUUUCAUGGUAUCCCUCUGCCCCUGAAAUUGGACCUACAGUAUUCCAAGACCUCCCUUACCCCAUUCUUCCCAACCACCCGUGCCACUCCCCAAGUAUGAAUAAUAUAUACCCUUCACCACCCUCCCAAAUUAUUCCCCCCGACCAUGAACAAUCAUCGCAAGCGUUGGCAACGUUCUUCGCCACAAAACAGACAGACUCAAAGAAGGGGAUUAUAUAUAUAUAUUUUGAUACGCACGAAUAAGGGAACACACGUCAGUUAAUUUUGUAUGAGAAGCAUUACUCAGAACUAUAUGCUACGCGCUCACAUUUUUUUUUUUCGAAUCUAAAAACGAGAAAUAUAUUUAAAAAGGGGGAAAUCGUGGGGAGAAUCUUGUACUAAAGCUUUUGACCGAAAAAAAAAAAAAAAGUAUUUUUUCGUAAACUGAUGAUGCCUACGACGAAGAACCUUAUAGUGCUUAAAACGUACAAACGAUGAUGACCUCUUACGAACUUGCUUUCAAUGAUUUUCGAUAAGCCAACAAAGGAAAACAAAUGACGGACGAUUGUGGAAAUGAAACGACAUUUCCUAAGUGGGCCCCAGAAUGGCGCUCGAGACCAAAAGAAUUUGUUCAGUGUUGACCAACCACUUUAUGAUCUGUAGUGAUACGUGUUUUAGAGACAGUUCCGAAAUAUAUAGACAAUUUCCAACAGAAAAGUGAAGGAAGAAUGGGAAGAAAGCGACGGACGAUAAAAGGAGGACAGGAGAAUGAUAUUCAGGAUAAAGAAUUGCUGUAAUAAUAAUGAUCAACAUUCUGUAGGAUGGUUGUUUUGAUCAACAUGCAUAGACUCGUUUCCAAUACAUUCCCCGAAGCCAAAAUAAACGGAAUAAUUGGAUCAGGGUUGAUCCAAAGUAUUUAUCGAGAAAUAAGGGAGUCUGUUUCAAUGAGCGAGUGUAAGAGAAAUUUAACAUUAUAUAGUGAAUUCGCAUUUCUGUCAAUGAAAAGGAAACAUUAUAUACGAGAAUUUCUUCCAUAGUGAAUGUGUUGAAGAUAUCAGAUUUGGCCCGGUCACAUUUCUGUUACGGAUCAGUGAUUUUUAUUCGAUUUCUAAUAAGUUUAUAUACACAUAUAUAUUUCUGGAAAUCUCUGAUAUAUCUAAUGUAUCGAUCAAUGUCCGUACCUCUGUGCCCGAUAAGUAAGUUAUUGGCCUUCUCUUUUGCAUUCCUGAAUGUUUUAUGUAUUCAAGUAGACUGCUACGUAAUCUUAGUUAUGGAUGUUAUGAGUUAUGAGUUUCAGUAAUUUGUUAUUUUUCUGAUUUAGAAAAAAAAUAACCGAAAAAAAUUUUAUAUGAGAUUUAGAUCGUCGUUUCUACGGCGCUGAUUUGUGAUACCUUAUUCUUAAAGAUAAAAAAAAAAAGAAAAAUUUAAUUGUAACCAAUGAUGGAAUGCAGUAGAGAGGAGAGUCAUCUGGAGGAGAAUCAACCUGAAAGUCAAUUUUGUUGCAAAUCACAAGUAAUGUGGUCUGGCUCUUCUCCCGCCUACUUCAUGUACCCAUUUUAUAAGAUUGAAAUAAAAUUCAAUAUCUAGCCAUUUUAUAAGAUAGAAGUAAAAUUCAAUAUCUUGCCAUUUUAUCAGAUUGAAAUAAAAUUCAAUAUCUAGCCAUUUUAUAAGAUUGAAAUAAAAUUCAAUAUCUUGCCAUUUUAUAAGAUUGAAAUAAAAUUCAAUAUCUAGCCAUUUUAUAAGAUUUUAAAUAAAAUUCAAUAUCUUGCCAUUUUAUAAGAUUGAAAUAAAAUUCAAUAUCUAGCCAUUUUAUAAGAUUUUAAAUAAAAUUCAAUAUAGGCUAUGUAAGUGAACUGAAGAAAGCCAAACCACCAUGACCAUCAGAGUGCAAACUGGAAUAUUUAAGGUACUUUGUGGUAAGGCCAGUUUGGGAGGAGUUUAAACAGGUCAUCAUGAAACAAAGUAAAUAUCUACCACAAAUUCCCAUGCGUUCUUAACAUAACAGAUGAUCCAGAGAUAUUUGCUGUAUUUAUGAAUAUGUGUCAACCUAACCUGUCGCAAUCUCCUGACUCCCUCUAUUUUUUAAAAAAUUGAAUUUAUCUCUGUAUUUGGGUUCUGUGUUUCAUCUAAACGUCAUUUCUCUAUGACUCAUGUGAAUUUUAGGCUUAAAUCGAAUUAGAGUAAAGACUAAGUGCAAAAAAAUAAAUAAAUAAAUAAAACAAAAACAAAAAAAUUGAAUUCCGAAUGUGGUCUGAGUUAUGAAAUUAGAAAAAUUAUAUGCUCACAAUUACAUACACACAUAUAUAUAUAUAUACAAUAUACAUACAUAUUUUAUGUGUACUGGGAACAGGGUGAGCAUCUAUACAGGCGUGUAUUUUGUUAUUCAUAGAGAAAUACUGAUACAUACAUCUACGUAAAUAUUUACAGGUCAAUGAAUCUGGUAUUGUGAUACCUUCAGCUUGAAACGUACGAUAUUAAUACAAACACAUACAUACAUAUUUUAGAUACAACGCGAGUGGAAUGAAUACCUACACAGGUGUGUAUGCGCAUACUCAUACAUGGAUAAAUACCGAAGUACACCCGCUUAAGUAUUUAUAGGUAUUGUGAUACUUUCACCUCGAAAUUGACAGUACGGAAUGACGGAAGCAUAUGACGAUGUUUACGUUUUGCAAAGGUUAACAAAGGGUUAACAAAGGUUAGCCUGAAUUCCCGUUUAAAAGUAGAUAGCCACUGUUAGCCUUAGGAAUAAUAAGUGUCUCAUCUUCAACUCGAAAUGAAAGAAGAAGAAGAGGAAAAUGAAAAAGAAUUUCGGAUAUGGACCACCCUGUGACGUAAGGAACCAACCGCACAUCAUCGAUGGUAAAUGAAUUUCAUCAUACAUUAUAUAUAUAUAUAUAUA